AUGGACCACGGCCUCUCGGGUUAUGACGGCCUGGAGAUCGCUUUCUCCAACACCAAGGUCCGCCACUUCAAGGUCCGCUUGAACGACACAAGGCAAGAUGCGCGUUUUAUUGCAGCGGUUCGAGUGCUCAGCGAUGGCCCUCACAACCUCUGGUUGAAAUGGAGCGACUUCCAUGGUGAGGAGCUGGUGAUGCGCGGCAUCCGCCCUUGUGUGGAUACAGCAGCAUGCUUCACCAUUGCACCUUCGACCAUUUCGCAUAUCGCAAUUCUGCUCCCCAUUGAAGAUGCAGAGGCCCCUGCGAAGUUCACCAUUGAAAGAAUGACUCUCGACGUCCUGGCUCGUGGUGGCGAGAACGACACCAACUCGGCGACUAUCCGGCCAUCGAGCGACGCAGAGGAAAUUCGUUUCGAAACGACUACGAUUGCAGGAUCGAACCAAAUGAUGGUCAGCUCUGCGUUUGGUGGAAAAUUGGCCCUGGGCGCAGUCCUCGCCACACUUGGCCUGGCUAUCCGGUGA